CUGUCCUGCUAUUUGAUCUUUUCUUCUUCUUCUUCUUAUUACUGCUUGAACGACCCUUGCAUAGUAUGCCCGCCUAACCGUGCGGUCUCCGCCCUUUAUUACCGCCUGGGAAUCCCCCGAACCCACACCCAAAACGAGCUUAUGCGAUAACACCACCGCCUCCGGCCUCGCCUCGUCUUUGGUCCUUGCCUUGUCUGCCUUCAACGCGAAAAGGCGCAACAUGGCGACCUCAUCCUCCCCUUUACUACCCCUCGGGUUACUAUCCCUCGGGGGCGAUGGAUCGAUCCCCAGCCGUUCAGCGGCCCACAUGGCUACCACGACCGUCAACGUGGAGGGAAUGACGUGUGGUGCCUGCACCUCGGCCGUCGAGGGCGCCUUCAAGGGUGUGGAGGGGGCCGGUGAAGUCACCGUCAGCUUGAUGAUGGGCCGCGCCGUCGUGCACCACGACCCAACCCUGCUCCCUGCGGAAAAGGUCGCCGAAAUCAUCGAAGAUAGCGGUUUCGAUGCAACGAUCGUCUCUACCGAUACCCCGUCCCCGGUGACAGGUGAUUCUCGCGGUACCCGGGACAAAGUGUUUCAGCUGUCAACCACGACGUUGGCGGUCGAGGGCAUGACGUGCGGCGCCUGUACCUCCGCUGUGGAAGGAGGGUUGAAGGAAACUCCAGGUGUACAGUCCGUCAACGUUUCACUGCUCUCGGAACGAGCGGUCGUGGAACAUGAUGCCUCCGUCAUCACCCCGGACCAGGUCGCCGAAAUAAUCGAGGAUCGUGGCUUUGGCGCUAAGGUGCUGGAAACCUCAACGGCCGACAACGCUACCCGCACCUCGCAUGAACUGCCCGAACCGACCUCACGUCUCAUGGUAACAACGGUCUCGAUAGAUGGUAUGACAUGUGGUUCAUGCACAGCGAGCAUACAGAACGCCUUCGAUGGGGUGGCCGGCUUAGUACAAUUGAACAUCAGCUUGCUUGCGGAACGUGCGAUCAUCACCCACGACCCGGCUACACUAACCACCAAAAGUAUUGUCAACAUAAUUGAGGAUGGUGGCUUCGAUGCAGUGGUUCUCUCGUCAGAAUCGCAGGCGUCCCCGAAGGGUAUUAGUCGUGUCACUCUGAGCCUUCACGGCGUGCGCGACGCCGCUUCUGCCUCGGCCUUGGAAGACUGCCUACUCCAACGGCCCGGUGUGUCCUCGGCCUCUGUAAAUAUGGCCACCUCUCGGAUUAUACUCUCAUUUGAUUCCUCCGCAGUCGGCAUUCGUUCGAUCGUCGAAAUGAUCGAAGCGGCUGGAUAUAAUGCCUUGCUAUCGCAGUCCGAUGAUACUGAUGCACAGUUGGAAUCUCUCUCCAAAACUAAGGAGGUUCGAGAAUGGAAGCGUGCCUUCCUCUUAUCUGCGUCUUUUGCAGUCCCCGUUUUCCUGAUCAACAUGGUCCUUCCGAUGUACCUUCCAGUCCUUGAUUUCGGCCGGGUUGCGCUAUGCCCGGGACUUUACCUCGGCGAUGUCGCCUGUCUUUUGCUCACUAUGCCAGUACAGUUUGGGAUUGGAAAGCGGUUCUACGUAGCCAGCUAUAAGUCCCUCAAACACCGGUCGCCCACCAUGGACGUUCUGGUCAUGCUGGGCACGUCUGCAGCGUUCUUUUACAGUGUUUUCACCAUGGCUGUCGCCUUGCUCUCGGACAGCCACAUGCGACCCAGUACGGUUUUUGACACGAGCACGAUGCUGAUAACCUUCAUUACCCUUGGCAGAUGGCUGGAGAACCGGGCCAAGGGUCAGACAUCUGCGGCUCUCUCUCGACUCAUGUCCCUCGCGCCGUCAAUGACAACGAUUUACGACGACGCCAUAGCAGCGGAGAAGCUGGCAGAGGAAUGGGGGGCUGCCGAUGAAAAGUCAAAAGAGCAGACGUCAAAUUCGUCAGCUAAUGAGCGUGCUGGACCCGGACACAAGGUGAUUCCUACCGAGCUCAUUGAAGUAGGCGAUAUUGUGCUUCUUCAUCCCGGUGACAAAGUUUCGGCGGAUGGCAUUGUUAUUCGAGGGGAAAGUUAUGUCGAUGAGAGCAUGAUUACCGGUGAAGCCUUGCCGAUCCACAAGGUCAAGGGCGAUGUUGUAAUUGCUGGAACGGUGAACGGGACCAGCUCGAUGGACUUCAAGGUCACUCGGGCCGGCAAGGACACCCAGCUGAGUCAGAUUGUCAAAUUGGUUCAGGAUGCGCAAACGAGUCGCGCUCCAAUCCAACGCAUGGCUGAUAUUGUCGCCGGCUAUUUUGUGCCGGCCAUUAUCAGCCUCGGGUUAGUCACGUUCUUCGGCUGGAUGUUCAUGAGCCAUGUCCUGCCUCACCCCCCGAAGGUCUUCCUGGCAGAAACUAGCGGAGGGAAGUUCAUGGUGUGCUUGAAGCUUUGCAUUUCGGUCAUUGUCUUUGCUUGUCCGUGUGCCCUUGGUCUUAGCACCCCCACGGCUGUCAUGGUCGGCACUGGGGUUGGUGCGCAGCAGGGCAUCCUCGUCAAGGGCGGCGCGGUCCUUGAGGCCGCCACCAAGAUCAACCAUGUGGUCUUCGAUAAGACCGGGACAUUGACUACCGGGAAGAUGAGCGUGGCGGAAGCCAAGAUCGAGCCGCACUGGACAUCAGACGAUUGGCGCCGUCGCCUUUGGUGGCUGAUCGUCGGUCUCGCUGAAAUGAGCAGUGAACACCCCAUUGGCAAAGCCAUCUUUUCGGCUGCUCUGACGGAGUCGGGGAACCCUGGAGAAGGAGGCUUGCCGGGCAGCUUGGGAGACCUCGAAGCGUGCGUUGGAAAGGGUAUCUCUGCUCUAGUCGAGCCCACCUCCGGCUCCGAGCGUGUACGGUACCGCGUCCUGAUUGGAAAUGCCGUCUUCUUGCGUUCAAGAGAUGUCACUGUCCCGGAAUCGGCCGAGCCUGAGGACUCGGAUAGCCGUGCUCCCAAGUCCAAGAUCCCCGCCGGUAUCACACAGAUCCACGUCGCCAUCGACAACCAAUACUCGGGAACUAUCUCGCUCAGGGACACCGUGAAAGUCACCGCGCCAGCAGCAGUUGCAGCUCUGCAUCGUAUGGGCAUCGCAACCUCGCUGAUCACCGGAGACACCCACGCCACCGCUGUUUCCAUUGCCUCGGCCGUGGGCAUCCCAGCCGAGUCGAUCCACGCCUCUGCCUCCCCGUCCGACAAGCAAUCCAUCAUCGCCUCCAUGCAAAAUUCAGGCUACCGUGUGGCCAUGGUAGGCGAUGGAAUCAACGACUCUCCCGCCCUGGCCACCGCAUCUGUCGGCAUUGCCCUUGCCUCCGGAACCGACGUCGCCGUCGAAGCUGCAGAUAUCGUCCUCAUGCGACCAGACGAUCUGCUCUCCGUCCCCGCCAGUCUCUCGCUCUCCCGCUCCGUCUUCAACCGCAUCAAGUUGAACCUCGUCUGGGCCUGUCUAUACAACGUCAUCGGACUCCCCUUCGCCAUGGGCCUCUUCCUCCCCUUCGGCUUCAUGCUCCCCCCCAUGGCCGCCGGCGCCGCCAUGGCCGCGUCCAGUGUCUCCGUUGUCGUGAGCAGCCUGCUCCUCAAAUUCUGGCGACGACCCAGUUGGAUGGACGCCGAGAAGCUGCAGAACGAUCUCGACAUCGCCGAUUCCAGCGUCCGCGGCUCCCAGAAGAGCUGGUGGGAAGCUACCCUCUCCGUGACUGGCUCCGGUGGCAGUAGUGGAAGACUAUCGUCCCACUGGAUCCGGAAUACCGCUACAGACGCCUGGUCAUUCAUGACCGGUCGGAGAAGAAGAGCGUCCGACCCUGACGAGGGCCACUAUGUUCCCCUUCAAACAGUGGAGCCGGUUUGAAUAACCGCUGUUUUGUCUUAGCCUUUUGGACUUGCCAUCUAAUGCUGCUCUAUAUGAUUGGUGUUUUCGGAUUUAACGACGACCUUCUUCUCGUGAUGAAUAUAAAGCAUAUCUUAUCUUAUCCUGUUUUGGGCCUAUGCCUUUUUGUUGGGUUAUUUGAACUGCAUGAUUUCGGCAUUGUUUUGGCUCGAUCGAUACCUCUCUUGCGUGCCCUUUCUUUAUAUAUAGCGAGCGCAUGUUAUGAUGGAUGUGGAGUUGUGUUGGUGGACUGUGUAUGUAAUUGUGGGGAAAGCUAAUGUCUAUGAAGUUCUCCGUGUUGGACGUCUAAUAUAAUAUUAUGUGUGAGGCAUAUGCUCAUCUUGUUUACUGAGAUCGAUUAAAU